GCGGCGGCUCGCGCCGGGGCAGCCAUGGGGGAGGCGGCGGGGGGCAACGCGGUGCCGCCGCCGGCGGAGGCUGCGGGCGGAGGGCAGGUGAACGCCCUGACCGUGCUGGCCCUGCUGGAAAAGCUGGUGUCCAUGCUGGAGUCGGUGGAAGGGCAGCAGCGGCAGAUGGAGCAGAGGCAGCGGGGGCUGGAAGGGGCGGUGAAGGGCAUCCAGGGGGAUCUGGGCAAGCUGUGCCGCAGCCACGGGGCUACGGGCGCGGCGGUGGAGAAGCUGCUGGAGAAGUCGCAGAAGGUGUGCGCUCACACCCGCGCGGUGCGCGAGCGGCUCGAGCGGCAGUGCGCGCAGGUGCGGCGCUUGGAACAGCACCACGCGCAGCUCCUGCGCAGGGACCGCUUCAAAGUGCUCAUCUUCCAGGAGGAAAAUGAGAUCCCUGCCAGUGUUUUUGCAAAGGAGCCUAUUCCCAGCAUUACAGAAGGAAAAGAAGAGCCCGUGGAUGAGAACAAAACUCUGGAAGAAACCUUGCAUACAGUGGAAUUAUCUUCAGAGGAUGACAUACAUCACGAAGAUGAUAUGGGCGACAGCGCAGACGAGAAAGCAGAAGAGUCAAGAGCUGAGAAAAUUAAAAGGACCAGCCUGAAGAAGGUCGACAGCCUUAAGAAAGCGUUCUCCCGCCAAAACAUCGAGAAGAAGAUGAACAAGAUCAGCACGAAGAUCGUCUCACCUGAACGGAGAGAGAAGAUUAAGAAAUCCCUUACAGUGCACCAUCAGAAAUCCUCCUCUUCCAAGAGUUCGCCUUUCAAAGUUCCGCUCACGUUCAACGUGAAGAAAUCCCGUGAAGGAGAAAGCCCCGCUGAAGGCGAAGACAGACCGGCAGAUACAGCGAGCACCGAGCAGGCCGAGAACGAGGAGGAGAUGUCCUUCGCCGACAUGCACUCAGAUAUGACCCCCACCACGUCUCUGGCUGAGGAGAGCAAAGCCGUCAUCGAUUCUUUGGAGAAAGAAGCCAGGAUGGAAAGCAGCGCCGUGACAAACAACAACAUUGAGCUGUCCAUUGUUGAGGAUGAUGAAGAGUACGGGGUGCCUCUCGAAGACUCCAGCCAGAAACUGUACGAUGAGAGGAGCAAACCGGUCAGCGGAGAAAUGGAAGAUUCCGAUGAAGAAACAACCCAAGCAGCUGUUCUGCAGAUAGACCAAACAGCCUAAGACGUCAAAGCCAUCCUUCAGCUUCCAGAUGCCCACGGUUUUGCCUAGGUGAAUGACUGGUUUCUGCUACCCGUGCGGUAGCGGUGUUUGGGUUUCUUCCAGCCUUCUCUCUGCAAUGAUAAUUUACCGCGUCGUAUUGGAAUGCCCAAAUACUUCUGUUUCCCUCUCUCGGAGUAUUUAGUACUGUCAGUAAUUUUGUAUGUGAGUGUAGAAAUGGUGAGAACACUUGAAAGUGAUUUCUUCGCUAUGCUCUGUGAGUGCUGAGAGCCUCUGUAGCUGCAAACCUGCGCAGCUGAUGUGGAGCUUUGCUCCCUAAUGUUGCAAGGCCAAAAGGGCAGAGUACAUAGCAAAACUGAAACGUUGGCUCCAUCAGUCUCUAUGGGCACAGGAUUUUUGUGCCAGUAGUCUCUCACUUAGAAGAAAUGACAGUGUUUAUACGGAAAUGAAAAGAUGUACUUCAAACUACCGGAGUUAUAGAAAUAUGUUAGCGACAGGCUUGAAUGUGUAAUCAGCUGCUGUACCUUUAAUGGAUCGGAAGUAGUUUAAAAAAAGAGAGAGAGGAGUUUGAUAGAAACAUUAGAAACACAGAGAUAGUCUGAAGGAAGUAUGAAACGCUACGAAGUGUUAAGGAAAAAAGGGGGGGGGAGCAAAAAAUAAAAGCCCACUAUAUUAAGUCUAUACUUCCAGCUUAAAGAAUAUAUACUCAGAUAACACUAAUUAAUUAAUCCUUAAUCCUUGUAACAAACUGCUAUCGAACUUUGCACUGCACAACUUUGUAUCUCAGAGUAUUUUGGAAACAGUAUAAUUUAUCUUUUUACAAAUUAUUUCAUAUAUAGAGUUAUAUCCACACAAAAGAGUUAGAUAAUAACAGGGAUGUAAGGGCAAUGCUUCAAAAAGGGGAAAAUGCUUUUUUAGGCAUGCCUCGAGGGCAAAUUGCGUUAGGGACUGAAUAUGACGACAGGCAUGAGUUUACAUAGGAACGAGUCUGCAAAGGCACGAGAUUUGAUUCUCUGUUAAUAACUUAGCUCGGGAUCACCUCCGUGCUGUCAAAAUCGGACGCCUAAUUUUUCAAGAUUUGUGGAAAAUGAGACGUUCCGGAGGAGCCCGUUUGCUAUGAACAUUCAUUCCUGUCACUUCACAAAGAUGAGGGUGCAGCGAAGAAAGGGAAGCACAGCACCUGCAACAAUCACCUUACAUCCUUGUUUGUUUAUGCGUUGGGUUAUUUUUUAUAUAUACGUACAAAUAUAAUUCUACAGAUGCUUAACACUGCACUAAAAGGUUGCUUCCUUCAACUUGUAUUUAGCAUCACCAGUUAUAGGGGGAAUAAAAACUACAGCAAAAAAUGCCAUUGUGACAUGUUUAGCAGAUACUGCUCCAUGGAGGUGGUAUCUGUGACCUCACAGAUCACAUUCCAGAUCACACUGGAAAUUAGUUGCUAAGAGCUUACAGUAGGCAAGUACUGUUAGAAGUUAAGCUCUGAAGUAUACAGCGUCAUCUAGGAGAUACUGUUUGCAAGGAAAAAAUAAGGCGUAACUCAUGUGACUUUAUUUCUAUUUUGUAUUAACUACAGUGGAUCUCCAAUGUUUUUACUUGUAACUAACGACAAAUAUGACAAAUAAAAGCAUAACAAGAAACA